AACUGGCCCCCUGUUUAAAAAAUCUGAGGACCCCUGCUGUAGACCCUCAGCACAGCACCUGGUGUUUCACAGAUCACUUGCAAGGCAGUUAUCUCUGUGAGCCUUGUGGCAACUGUGAGGAAGCAGGGCAGAAACCCGUGUGUAGACAGGACUUAGCCUCUCAGAGGUAGGUAGGGACUUGGCAGUAAAUGGGAAGAGUCAGACUCAUGUCCUCAAAAUUCUAGUUCCCCCUUUCCCAAACCUCUCCUCCUGGACCAUCUGUCCUGUCCCUGACCAUAGGCUUGGAACAGGGGUUGGAGACUGUGAACCAGCCCCCUGAACAGCUGGGCAGCUGAGAAGCUUCAGUGACUGGACCCUACUCAGAGUGGGCUCCUUCCCCAGUUAAUAGUCAGUUCCUGUCCCAAACAAGGCCUUGUCUCUUCUGAGGGACCCACAAGCAGCACCCAGAGGACAGUGGUGAGCAACAAGGCCUCUGGGCAGAGGGGUGCUGUGCUCCCUUCCUUUUCUCUCCUCUUACCCUUUGGCUGGCCAAGCCCUGCCCACUUGCCUUGCCUGCUUGGUGUUCCCUAGGGAUUUUAAGGAGGCUUGGCCCCUCCCUGCCUGUCUGCCAGCUCUGCCCCAAUCAGCCUACCCUAUUUCUCCCCCUUGGGAUCUCUGUGUUUGGCUGGGACCUCUCUGGCACUGUGGAGGUUAAGGCCCUGUCAGUUCUAGAGUUCAUCUUACCUCCUAACUCUGAUGCUCCUUGCCUUGAUUUCUGGCCUCCCUUGAACUCCUCCAGCCCCCUGCUCAUGGCCAUCCCAGGGUCUCCCCUGCUCACAGCUGCAUUUGGUACAGCCCGUGCCGGCCCCUGAGGGACUGGCUGCUGCUUCACUCGGCAAACAGGCGGGCAAGGGGCACAGGGCUGCUGGCCGAAGCUGCCUGAACUCUAAGGUAGGGUCCAGGCAGGGGACCAGGCUGAGCGGGGGGGCUGGGUCCAAGAUCUGGGACAGGCACUUUCCUCCUUCCUUUGUCCAGCCUUGGGACCAGAACUAGAGUAUUGAGAAACAGGCACAGAGACUUUAAAAUGGGCUACCCAGGCAGAGCAUUCAACCUUUUCCUAAGCCAGGGUGGAGAGGGGAAAGGAAGGUGCUGGAGGGGAGCACCCCGACAGCUGGCUGGGUGAGCUGAGCUUCUCACUGGGGAGGCUGCAGUGCUGAGCCCAGGAAGGGUCCUCUGAGGUAGGCCAGGGUUCAGGCAGCCCUGAUAGACUACCAGUUUCAAGGUCUUUCGUGCCAGCCUCCUGGUGGUACAGAUGGGGAGUUCUGUCCUUGGUGGAGAAGGACCCCUGGCUUCUGAUACUCCCUUCCCCAGGGCCUCUGGCCCAGAUCCUGGGGCCUCUGAGUGGCGCAGACUGUUCGUGGCAGCUCCCUUUGGAGGGGCAGCCAGCAGUGGGAGGGGCAGGCCGGGGCCAGGCCACAUCUUGGCAGUCCUGGGGUCCUGGGGGAGAGGCAGGCCUCCAGGGAGGAGGUAGGGAUCCCCUGCCAUCCGGGGCCUCCUUGUCCUCUCCUCCUCUUCCCUUGAGGGCUGGUCCCCAGGUAAGAGCUGAGGGGCAGCUGUGCUUGCUCUGUGCUCUGUAGGCCUGGGAUGCUGGGCACGGUGCCUUGCCCCUCUGCCUGGAAGAUCUGCCAGUCCAGGACAGGUUUGAUACUGGAUUGCCUGCCCUAGGAGCUGCAGGCUGGGGUCCUUGGUAUGGCCAGUUGGUAUUUAAGGAGCAUCUGGUGUGUGUCUGUGUGUUUCUGUGAGUGUGCACCUGUUUGUACAGGUAUGUAUACUGUGUGCGCAUGGACACCCGUGUGCAGCCUCUGGGAGGAGGUCACUUGAAGAUGGCCUGAGGGACCAGCCCUAGUCCAGGAUUCAGGUUCUUGUUGGUUGAGUGAAUGAACCCACUCAUUCUAGUGGCAGACUCGGGAUCCCUACCUGCAAGCUGGAAGGGGUGAAGGGUCCCUGUGCUGGAGGUGAGGGUAAAGUUCUUUGGGAGUCUCACACACAGGCUUACUCUUCCACCUCUGAGGAGGCACUGCCCACUUUCCAGGCCCCGGGCUCUUUCAGGAGCUGGUCUGGGGCAGGUAGGGGCCCCGGGCUUCCAAGGGCUGUCCCUCCACUCUUUGACGUGGCAUCACUGUCUCUGCAGAGGCUCGGGGUGGUCUGGGGGCCCCUCCGCUGCAGUCUGCCCGAUCCCUGCCGGGCCCCGCCCCCUGCCUCAAGCACUUCCCGCUCGACCUGCGCACGUCUAUGGAUGGCAAAUGCAAGGAGAUCGCCGAGGAGUUGUUCAGCCGCUCACUGGCUGAGAGUGAGCUCCGUAGUGCCCCGUAUGAGUUCCCUGAGGAGAGCCCCAUUGAGCAGCUGGAAGAGCGGCGGCAGCGGCUAGAGCGACAGAUCAGCCAGGAUGUCAAGCUGGAGCCAGACAUCCUGCUUAGAGCCAAGCAAGAUUUCCUGAAGACGGACAGUGACUCAGACCUCCAGCUCUACAAGGAACAGGGCGAGGGGCAGGGUGACAGGGGCCUGCGGGAGCGCGAUGUGGUGCUGGAACGGGAGUUUCAGCGGGUCACCAUCUCUGGGGAGGAGAAGUGUGGGGUGCCAUUCACAGACCUGCUGGAUGCAGCCAAGAGUGUGGUGCGGGCACUCUUCAUCCGGGAGAAGUACAUGGCCUUGUCGCUGCAGAGCUUCUGCCCCACAACCCGCCGCUAUCUGCAGCAACUGGCCGAGAAGCCUCUGGAGACACGGACCUAUGAGCAAGGCCCCGACACCCCCGUAUCUGCUGAUGCUCCGGUACACCCCCCUGCGCUGGAGCAGCACCCGUAUGAGCGCUGUGAGCCAAGCACCAUGCCGGGGGACCUGGGCUUGGGGCUGCGCAUGGUGCAGGGUGUGGUGCAUGUCUACACCCGCAGGGAGCCUGAUGAGCAUUGCUCAGAGGUGGAGCUGCCCUACCCGGAUCUGCAGGAAUUUGUGGCUGAUGUCAAUGUGCUGAUGGCCCUGAUUAUCAAUGGCCCCAUAAAGUCAUUCUGCUACCGGCGGCUGCAGUACCUGAGCUCCAAGUUCCAGAUGCACGUGCUGCUCAAUGAGAUGAAGGAGCUGGCUGCCCAGAAGAAAGUGCCACACCGAGACUUCUACAAUAUCCGAAAGGUGGACACCCACAUCCAUGCCUCAUCCUGCAUGAACCAGAAGCAUCUGCUGCGCUUCAUCAAGCGGGCAAUGAAGCGGCACCUGGAUGAAAUCGUGCACGUGGAGCAGGGCCGAGAGCAGACACUGAGGGAGGUCUUCGAGAGCAUGAACCUCACAGCCUACGACCUGAGUGUGGAUACACUUGAUGUGCAUGCGGACAGGAAUACCUUCCAUCGCUUUGACAAGUUCAAUGCCAAAUACAACCCUAUUGGAGAGUCUGUCCUCCGAGAGAUCUUCAUCAAGACUGACAAUAGGGUCUCUGGAAAGUACUUUGCUCACAUCAUUAAGGAGGUGAUGUCAGACCUGGAGGAAAGCAAAUACCAGAACGCAGAGCUGCGGCUCUCCAUCUACGGGCGCUCAAGGGAUGAGUGGGACAAGCUGGCACGCUGGGCCGUCAUGCACCGUGUGCACUCUCCCAAUGUGCGCUGGCUUGUGCAGGUGCCCCGCCUCUUUGAUGUGUACCGUACCAAGGGCCAGCUGGCCAACUUCCAGGAGAUGCUGGAGAACAUCUUCAUGCCUCUGUUUGAGGCCACUGUGCACCCUGCCAGCCACCCGGAGCUGCACCUCUUCUUGGAGCAUGUGGACGGUUUUGACAGUGUAGAUGAUGAGUCGAAGCCUGAGAACCAUGUCUUCAACCUGGAGAGCCCCCUUCCUGAGGCCUGGGUGGAGGAGGACAACCCACCCUACGCCUACUACCUGUACUACACCUUUGCCAACAUGGCCAUGUUGAACCACCUGCGCAGGCAGAGGGGCUUCCACACGUUUGUACUGAGGCCACACUGCGGGGAGGCUGGGCCCAUCCACCACCUGGUGUCAGCUUUCAUGCUGGCUGAGAACAUCUCCCACGGGCUGCUUCUGCGCAAGGCCCCAGUCUUGCAGUACCUGUAUUACCUGGCCCAGAUUGGCAUUGCCAUGUCCCCACUCAGCAACAACAGCCUCUUCCUCAGCUACCACCGGAACCCGCUCCCAGAGUACCUGUCCCGUGGCCUCAUGGUCUCGCUUUCCACUGAUGAUCCCCUGCAGUUCCACUUCACCAAGGAGCCGCUGAUGGAGGAGUACAGCAUCGCCACCCAGGUGUGGAAGCUUAGUUCCUGCGAUAUGUGUGAGCUGGCCCGCAACAGUGUGCUCAUGAGCGGCUUCUCCCACAAGGUAAAGAGCCACUGGUUGGGACCCAACUAUACCAAGGAGGGCCCUGAGGGAAAUGACAUCCGCCGCACCAACGUGCCAGACAUUCGUGUGGGCUAUCGCCAUGAAACCCUGUGCCAGGAGCUGGCGCUGAUCACACAGGCCAUCCAGAGCGAGACACUGGAGACCAUCCCAGAGGAGGCGGGUGUUGCCACAAGCCCAGGGCCUCAGUGAGCCUGGCCCUCACAGUGCCCGCAUCUCAGCACCUUGGCCACAUUGUGUUCUCAGCCCCCUGCCAUCCUGCCGUAUUCUCUGCAUGUCUCCAUUCUUCUUUGUCUCUGUCUUGCAUGUCUCUGACCAUGUCCUCGUCCCUGGGCCACCCCAAUGAAAGCAAUGCCCAGGAAUCUACUACACUGGGUUGUUUUGGCUCUGGUGGCACCUGAUGGCCAAGGUUUUGAGGUCUAGCCCUGCUGGCGACCCUAUCCUAGGAGCCUCAGAAGCCUGGCAGUCCUGUGGCCUUCUCCAUUGUCUAAAGCCUGAGGAUAGUUGUGGGGGACUGACCCUCUAGUCUUUGGGCUCCUGCCUGAGCAAAUCUGAGCUUUGUCUGAGCUGAAGGUUAGGUCCCUGUCUUCUUUAUGUGCCUGAGGAGCAGUCAGGUGGGGCCUGUACAGCUCUGCCUUGGGCGUGGGGCUAUUGAAGGUCUGUGGAGCUCCAGCAGCUCUGCUCUUGGUUGGGUUGGCCCUGGGCUGCCUGGCCUGAGGGGUGGACCACCAUCACCACCACAUCACUGCCCAACAGUAGCCUUCUCCGUCCUUUCCCCUGCCCACAUGCUCCUCUGGUGUCAGUUUCCUGUGCCUCUGGGAGGACAGAUGCUGUAUGCUGUGUCUGGGGCCACUGGAGCCACAGGGUCCUGGAUCUGCCUCUAGCCCUGGGAGUAGCAUCCCCACCAUGGCCCCCAGAUCUGGAUCUUGGCUGGGCCCCUGUGUUGUGUUCUGGACUGAGACCAUUGCUAUAAAAUGCAGUGUUUCAUACGGUCCAUCUUUCCUAGUGCAUGAGAAAUAAAGAUUAUUUAAGUAAUGAG